AUGAGUGAUAUUUUGGGCAAGAACCAACAAACGACACCUGUAGGCGUCCCAGUGACAUACUACGAAACAUGCCGGCGGAUUGAGUACCUGGCGUCCCUUGGGAUGCCGCAGGUGACACCAUACACGGAGCCCACGAAGCCACUCGUGGCGACGUUACCAGAGCCGAGGGAGCUGCUGCUGGGGGAGGGAACUCCGCUUUCCUCGCCGUCGCCAGUAUUGCUCCCUGUGGAGCCUCGGCGAACUGUCACGCCUUCCACUACGUCGACAUUGAGAGGGACAUGCCGUAAAAAAACGGAGCUUGAAAAGUUUGACAUGGAUGCUGCCUAUGCUGCCUUUAUACAGCGAUUGGAACAGAGGUUGGACGAGGAGGAAGCGAAGAAUUCUAAAGAACUUGGCUCAGCGAGUCCUUUGCAAUGA